AUGGCGUCGACUUGCCAUGAUGUCGAGGCCCUGCCUGGUCAGAGACUCUGGCGGCUCCCUCGCCGAUCCGACUCGCGAUGCAGCUCCACGCCCGUCUUUACUCCUCGGCCUCGGAAUCAGAAUAUUCCUCACGCUGACAUAGACUUUCGCCCCAUCGCAGAAGCCGCAGCCCUGAAGCGUGGGCUUUCUCGCUUCGCCCCUUUUAGCAGAAUGUCCAACGCGACCGGCCAGGGCCGGGCGGCCACGUCCGAAAGCCCUGCGAGCCCAACCCAAGCCGCCGGUGGUGCCGCACAGCAGCCCGCGUCCGCUCCUGCGGCAGCUGCCCCGGCUGCAUCUCCGGCAGCAUCUCCGGCAGCGGUCGCGCGCCCGAACUCCCCUCCGCCGCAGCAGCCGGCCUCGAACCAGCCCGCGUCACAGGCCCCUGCCUCUGCCCCCGCCGCCGCGGCUCCGACUCAGUCGCCUUCCGACCAAAAACCUCCGUCUGCCCCCGCCACGUCCGCGCCACCUCGAAAUGCCGCGCCCACGGCUGAUGCGAAACCGCCUGCCGCAGCAACGUCCUCGGCUGCAGCGCCGCCGCCUGCCGCCACUCCCUCUGACGCAGCUAACCCGUCUUCCGUCGUCACCGUCAGACCCGGCGAUACCUCGACGAGCGUCGAAGUGGUCACGUCCACCACCACCCAAACACCAGAUGGCCUCCCAGCGUCUUCUACCUCUUCUGCGACCUCGACUCCCACGCCGAUCGAUCCUUCCAGUGGCGGAGCACCUGGUCUGAGCCAGCCGUCCAAAGUAGCCAUUGGAGUUGUCGUCCCCAUCGCCGCCAUUGCCAUACUGGCCAUUCUCGGUUUGUUUUGGUGGAGGAAGCGAAGAGCCCGUCAGGAAGCCGAGGAGGAACGUCGAAAGGAGGUGGAGGAUUAUGCGUACAACCCCAAUGCCGACCCUACGCUGCCCUCUGCGGGACACUCUGCCGACAACUCGUACGAGAUGAGAGAGGACAGUGGAUCGGGUUACCGCGGCUGGGGCUCUACCGCGGCUCCCGGUUCCAUGGGUCGCAAGACAUCGACCACCAUGUCCGGCGGCGGCAUGGUGGGCGCCUACUCGGACCCAGCGUCACCCACUCGUGGCAACCCGUCCGAGGCUAGAUCUGGGGAGCCUCUCCUGGACGGCUCGGGCUCGCCCGAAGGCGAGAUUCUCGGCGCCAUGGGGCCGUCGGCGGCAAACAACCGCGGCGGCGACAUGCGUCGAGGACCAUCGAAUGCCUCUUCAUCUUACAGCGUGGGCGCUCGAUCGGAAGGCUCUGACGGCGGCAUGUACGGGAACCCAUCCAACUACUACGAGCAGUACGGCCAGAACCCGUACGGUGACCAGCGACCCCAGGAUCCCGCCAGCCAGGCCGUGAUCCGUGAUAACCCGGCGCGGCGCAAUACACGCAUCGAGAACUCGUCACAUUACCCUCAGCAGAGCGCCGGCAUUGCCCAGAAUUUCUGA